GCGGGGCUGGUUUCCCUUCUCCUACACCCGGGUCCUGGAUAGUGACGGCAGCGACAGGCUGCACAUGAGUCUGCAGCAAGGGAAGAGCAGCAGCACCGGCAACCUCCUGGACAAGGAUGACCUGGCCAUCCCGCCCCCCGACUACGGCGCCGCCUCCCGGGCUUUCCCCGCCCAGACGACCAGCGGCUUCAAGCAGAGGCCCUACAGCGUGGCUGUGCCCGCCUUCUCCCAGGGCCUGGAUGACUAUGGAGCGCGGUCCAUGAGCAGUGGCAGCGGCACGCUGGUGUCCACAGUGUGAGGACGCUGACCCCGGGCAGCCGCUGCUCUGAAGAGCUUCCGCGCCUUCCCCCUGGUCUCCGUCCGUUUUCCUCCUCAGCUCUCGCUGGUUUGUUCCUGGGUUGUUUUUCUUUUCCACCUGCCCCUGCCUUUUGGUUGGUGACCCCAGACUCUGUGAUCCCCCAGGGUCCAUGGUGCUGCUCCAUCCGCCCCUCCCCCACCCGGUGUUUACGCGCCCCACCCUGUGUGUCCCAGCCUUUCGAGCAGAAUCUGCCAGGCAGGACCUGCUGGGCCGUGCGGGGCACCCUCGGCCCCACCCUGCAGUGUCUGUGGCACUCACUGCUUUUCUAAGGCUCGCCGUGAGCCAGGUCUAAAGUUUGGAGAAAAAGAAAAAUCUUAAAAAAAAAAAAAAAAAAAAAAGAAAAGAAAAAUAGGAAAAAGGACUUUUAUUUUUCCUGAAAAACAAAAACCGAUCUGCAUGGACUCCGGUGUGCGCUGUUAUCUCGCAUCCGACUUUCCCGGCGCGAAGGCCUCUGUCCGGACAGGGAAGGUGUUGGGGUCCCUGGUCACCCCGGGCCCUGUGGAGGGCUGCACAGAGAAAGGGGGCUCGUGCCAAGCUCGAGGGGCCUCCUGAGGAAGCCGGCCGCUCCUGUGAGGGAGGCCGGGCCUGGGCACCUGAGGGCUUCUCCCUCCGGAUGCUGCGGGCCAAGUGUACAUAGAGCAGCGUGGCAGAGUGGCUUCGCCUCCCGUCGGGCAGCGGCGGGAGCAAGGUCGGGGGCAGGCGCUGCCCAGCUGGCCGCACACGGACACUCCAAAGACCUCCAGCGACCACCCCACCCCCACAUUCCUUUGACCAGCCUUGUGAGGGCAUCAAGGCUGCCCCGGGCUACCUGGCCGCUCGGGGCAGGGUGUGUGAGCCGGGCCCGGCCGGGGGAGGGCAGCUCUGGGCACGUCGCACCCACACCCCCCACCUGGGGGGUCAGGCGGUUCCUGCCUGGUUCUUCCUAAACGCUCUCGUCUUUUUGUGUGUCUUGGUGACUUUAGAAACAAACACAGUGGACUCAGUGGCUACUGGUAUUGUCUCUUCACACACUGAACUCGGGGGAAUUGAGUGCGGGGCACAGCCCGGCUCAGCCUGCCUGCUGGUGGGAGCCCCUGGGAAGCUGCGACGCUCCUUUAUCUGAUGUGGUUUAGCAAAAGCCUCCCGCACACCUCCCCGUGGCCUGGGGUGUGGCCUGGUUUGUGUGGGAAGCAGCUCCAGACGCGGACCGCCUGAGGUUAACGGGAACUCAAGGGCGGACCGGGCCCUAUGUAGAGACCCCUCCGCGCCGGCGUUCCCGCUCCGCUAACGAUUUCAAAUCCAGGGGAUUCCAUGCUCAAUGGAUGAAUGUAGACACAAAACAGCAACACUUGUAUGAAGAUGUAAAGUGCUGAACAUAUUUUUUUCCUCUUUCCUUUCCUUUUUUAAAAAAUCUGAAUUGUGCCCUGUACUGCAGUUACUUGUUUGAAUAAAAGUUUUAUUUAUUGCACGA